AUGGUUCUUAAAAUCCUAUGUGCGUUGUUCGUGCCAUGCUUUGCUCGCCCGCCAACGGUCACCCUGAGGAAUGGUGUUGAGAUGCCUCUGCUAUCUGCUGGCGUGUAUCAGUAUAAUUCCUCUGAGGCGCAUGCUUCGAUUGCAUCGGCGAUCAAAGUCGGCUUCACCGCACUCGACACAGCACUGGAUUAUUGGAAUCAGGAUGGCGUCGGUGCGGCGCUCAAGGAGGCGUUCGCGGCUGGUCUGAGGCGCGAUCAGAUAUUCGUCGAGACCAAGGUCCCUGGUUGUGCCAACCCUGCCGAGAAUACAACCCGCAAUCCGCUUACAUGCUACAGUGAUACGCAGAAGAACCUGGAGAGGGACUUGGAGUCCCUCGGCUUACCCUACGUCGACCUUGUGAUCAUCCACUUUCCACCUUUCCCAAGCUUCGCUGUGCGCUCCUGCAACGAAAUCACUGGCAGUUGCGGUAUGGCUCGCGCCCAGUGGAAGGCAAUGGUGGAAUUCUACAAGGCUGGCAAGGCCAAGGCAAUCGGAGUGUCUAACUACUGCCCCAGCUGCUUCAAUUGCUUGAAGGAUACUGACGUGUUCCCGAUGGUCAACCAGGUGAUGAUGCAUGCUGGUAUGGGCGUUGACCCUGGAAACAUCGUCAGCUAUGGCAAGAGCAAAGGUGUCGUUACACAGGCGUACAGCGCGCUGGGCAACACGCCGUGGACGCACCACGCGGAGCCAGAAAUCCUCACGGGCAAUUUGACGACUGCGAUUGCGAAGGCUCACAAUGUUUCAACGGUUCAGGUAGCCUUGAAAUUCCUCGUUGAGGCAGGAAUUCCAGCAGUCACAAAGUCGAGCAACUCCGCGCAUUUGGCUUCUGAUUUAGACCUCUGGUCGUGGAACCUCACCACGGAGGAGACGCAACAGAUGAACGAAUUCCGGAUCAACAAGGUUUUCGACAAGUAUUCUUUCGCGUGCAGCUCCAUCGCAGAUACCGUCGUUGUCUGA